AUGGCGCCGCGGUGCACCAGGGCGAGCAGCGCCAGUGGGUGGCGCACGAGCUGCGCCGCGGAGGGCAGCCUCCUCCGCUCCUUCUUCUCCCCACUGGCCUCCUCGCCCCCCGCCGGCGCUCCCCGCUUCUCCCUCCCCUCGCCGGUCCGCGCGACGACCGCCUCCUCCACCGCCUUGGCGACGGCCACGGCCUCCCCGCCCUCGCGAAUAGAGAGCGAGGCGAAGGCCGGGAGCCGGGGGCCCUGCGUCGAGCAGGAGGACGGGUGGCUGCGGCCCCGCCCCGGCGUGGCUCCGCGGCGGGCGCCACAAGUCGCAGGCCUCGACCCACCGCCGCCUGCUCAUCGUGCGGAAGGGAGCCGCGCGGCGCGUGGAUCCGCGAGCCCGCCCGCGGGAAUCGGGAGAGGAGCGGAGGGGAGGGGAGGGGAGGGGAGGGGAGGGGAGAGGGAUGAAUCGAGGCGGGUGGGCGGCGUGGCGGUCUGGACUAUAAAGGAGCCGGCGCGCCACCGUGGUAGGCCAAGCUCGGCCUCUCCUCGACCUCUGCGGCGCCUCCCUCUUGCUCCCUUCCUCUCCUAUUCCUCCGCCGCCCCCCACGGCUCCUCCGUCCCCUGUUCCUCUGCCGCCCCCACGGCUCCUCCAUGCCGCACCGCCCCCGCAGCUCCUCCACGCCGUGCCGCCUCGGGUGCUCCACCGCCGCCGCCUCGGCUUCAGCCCGGCUGCGAAUCGGCUCUUCCCUGGAGCGGAUCAGGGCCGGACGGCGGCGGACCGGGGCCUUACGGCGGCGAACGGGCUCUGAGCUUGGCGGCCUCUCUCCACGGCGCGGCGGCGAGCUGCAGCUCCAUUGGGUCUCCGCUGAGCACGGGCGGCGUCGACCUCUGCCCUUCCGCGCGCGGCGGCGGCGGGCCUUCCCCUCUUUCCCUUGCAGUUGGAGCUCAGGCGUUGCGGCUCGGGCGGCGGUGGAUCGCGGCGCGGGCGCAGCGAACGGUGGCGCCGUCCAGCGGCGGCGAGGAGCCGGCGGGGGCUGGCCUCGGCCAGCGGCCGCGGGGACGAGGGGCUCGGCCAGCCGCCGGCCGUUGGUCGCCGGAUCGACGGCCACGAUUUUUUUUCGAUGACGUGGCACGCUGA